CCCGCGGCCCCGCGGCCCGACCCCCCCAGCGCGGCGGCGGGCGGCUCCGCGGUGGCGCGGGCGGGCGCAGCGCGGGCGGCGGCGCAGCCAGCGCGGCCGCUUGUUGAUCGCGGCGCCCCGCUCCGCUCCGCGCCGUGCAGGCAGCCCCCGCGCCCGGGCUGCCGCUGCGCUGCGGCGCCGCUUGCAUUCUUCCAUUGCAGCCUCCUCCGUUUUUUUUCCUCUCUCCCUUUCUUUCCUUUUUUUUUUUUUUUCUUUGCAUGAAGAUGGCGGCGCCUCUCGCCAGCAAGGCAGGGUCCGCCGGCACCAACAGCAAGCCUCCCUUCCCGGAGCUGGAUUUCCGAUCGGGAGCCAGGGUGGAAGAAUUGAAUAAACUCAUCCAGGAAUUCACCAAGCACGACCAGCGCGAGUACGACGACCAGCGAGCCCUGGAGAUCCACACGGCCAAGGACUUCAUCUUCUCCAUGCUGGGCAUGGUUCAGAAACUUGACCAGAAGCUUCCUGUAGCCAAUGAAUACCUGCUACUUUCGGGUGGUGUGCGAGAAGGUGUAGUGGACAUUGAUCUUGAUGAGCUGAAUGUUUAUGCACGAGGGACAGACUAUGACAUGGACUUCACCCUGCUUGUGCCCGCACUGAAGCUGCAUGACCGCAACCAACCAGUCACGCUGGACAUGCGCCACUCAGCUUUGUGCCACUCCUGGCUGAGCCUUCGGCUUUUUGAUGAAGGAACUAUCAGCAAGUGGAAAGACUGUUGCACGAUCGUGGACCAUAUCAACGGAGCUACCAAUUAUUUCUUCUCUCCAACGAAAGUAGCAGACUGGUUCUAUGACUCCAUUAGCAUUGUCCUCUCCGAGAUCCAGAAAAAGCCUCAGCGAGGGAUGCCAAAGGUGGAGAAGGUAGAGAAAAAUGGGACUAUCAUAUCCAUCAUUUUGGGAGUGGGCAGCAGCCGGAUGCUGUAUGACAUUGUUCCUGUGGUGUCCUUCAAGGGCUGGCCUGCCGUGGCCCAGAGCUGGCUGAUGGAAAACCAUUUCUGGGAUGGGAAGAUCACAGAGGAGGAAGUCAUAAGUGGGUUUUACUUAGUGCCUGCAUGUUCCUACAAGGGGAAGAAGGACAAUGAGUGGAGGCUGUCAUUUGCCAGAAGUGAAGUGCAGCUGAAAAAGUGCAUAUCCAGCAGCCUCAUGCAAGCCUAUCAGGCCUGCAAAGCUAUCAUCAUCAAACUGCUCUCCCGCCCCAAAGCCAUUAGUCCAUAUCAUUUGCGGAGCAUGAUGCUGUGGGCUUGCGACAGGCUACCAGCCAACUACUUGGCUCAGGAGGAUUACGCUGCUCAUUUCCUCCUGGGUCUCAUUGAUGAUCUCCAGCACUGCUUGGUCAACAAGAUGUGCCCUAACUAUUUCAUCCCUCAGUGCAACAUGCUGGAGCACCUCUCUGAAGAAACCGUCAUGUUGCAUGCGCGGAAGCUGUCCUCAGUCCGAUCAGACCCUGCUGAACACCUUCGAACUGCCAUUGAGCAUGUCAAAGCGGCCAAUCGGCUAACGCUAGAGCUCCAACGGCGGGGCAGCACCACCAGCAUCCCCUCCCCGCAGUCAGAUGGAGGGGAUAACAACCAGCCUGAUGACCGAUUAGCCAAAAAAUUGCAACAGCUAGUGACUGAAAACCCAGGGAAGUCCAUCUCUGUCUUCAUUAACCCAGAUGACGUCACAAGGCCCCACUUCAGAAUCGACGAUAAAUUUUUCUGAGCUUUCAUCAAUGUUUCUUUGGCAUUUUUAUUUUGUUUUGUUUUUAAAAACUCUUACGGUGUGUAGGUUUUUUUGGUUGAUUUUCCUUGAUGACUCAGUGUCUUGGUUUUUACAUAUCCAGCAUAUAUUGGAGCUGUUGAGAACAAUAUGAAUAAAUUAUAAUUUCUGGUUCUGCAGGACAGUGCAGAUUUCAAAACAGUAUAUUAUGGUUUCAUAUGCUGCUUUUGUUUCUUUCGCCCACCCAGCCCCAUUGUCUGUGGGUAGUUUCUGAGGGAGAACAUGCACCAUAAACACACAUACCAGUGUUAUAUAGGAUUUUUUUCAAGCUUUCAUAAUUUAUGUACAUUUUUGGGCCAGUGAAGGGAGAACUCACUUUCCAUUGCUUAGGAAAUUCACUUUUUCUUUCCACAAGCUUCCAUCACCCUAAAGAAAUGAUGAGAGACUCUAGGCUGGAAAGCACUAGUGGCAAUUUGAUAAGGCCAAACCCAUGGGGCCGAAGCCCUGUUCAUCUGUUCUUUACACUUCUCACAGUAGGGGAGAAAGUUGACUUUAGAGAUGAUGAUGCAGCUUUUGGGGGGAAGAGUUGUUUUUGUUUUGAACUACUUUUUGAAUGUAAUUGUUCAUAAUUGGACCUUGUACAGUCCAGAGGGUUGUUUCUGCUGCUUUUCCAUGCGGAAUAAGGUUAUGGAAUGUUAGUUUUAGUGUGUGUAAUUAUUCAAAGCCUUAUUUAAAUUCUAUUAAAGAACAUACCAUUAUAAAUGUUAAUUGCACUAAUGAAAUCGCUGCCAUUACCUCAGUCCCACUGUUUGUGUUUUUUUCAUGAAUUAGCAUCUGUUAUUAGGUCUCAAUAUUGCAGAUUGCUUGAGGCCCUUUGGGUCUCAUGGUUUCAGGUGACAAUUACUUGAUUGUCUUUUGUAAAAGACUCUUCCUUGUUAGCCCUAUUAUGUCUGAGAAGCCAGAUUUUUGCAGUGGCAUAUUUCUUUGGAUGUGUAUUGUGUGUUGCAGUGCAUAUUGCAUUAAUAUGUAUUGCAUGUUGUUGAAACAGGUUUACCAUUAGAUAAGGAUGUAACACUAAAGCAGUGGUAUGUGCAAAGUUAAUCAGCCAGACCUGGAGCAAAGAAGCUAUCUUGCUUCUGUAAUGCAUGUAUUAGGCCUGAUCCUUUAUGGCAGUUACCGUUCCCUUGACUCCUGUGGACUUUCUGACUUACCCUGGGACAUAUGAGAUCUUACUUAGGUCUCAUAUUUGCAGAAGUUGUGUUUGUAUGUAAACUUGUAGUGCAACAGUAGCCUUGUUCUCUGCAAAACACAUACUCUUUCCUUUUGUAUGUAGGAUAAGAUGUAUGGUAACAAGGGUUAGUCUGAGCCAAAAAUAAUUCCAAGAGUUCAAGGAUGGAGUGGAUUUUUAUGGCUGGCUGGCCAGUGACUAAUAGUUAGGCCUUAAAUCAGCAAUUUGGGUUUACUGAUUAUCCCAGAGAAGCUGUUCUGAUCCAAACUUGAUGCAUGUUUUAAAAUGUGAUUAUUAGAGCAGGUUGAAAUAUUUUUUAAAUAUUUGACAGACAAAUGAGGUGCAUAGCUGGUAAAUUCUAACAGAUGAAAAUUGUGUACGAAAAAUGUAUCACUUUUUUAGCCCAGCCUUUCUGUUAGAGAGACCAGGCUGGUGGAGUAACACAGCAGCUUUGGAAACUACAUUAGUUAAUCAGAUGUCAGGGAGGUUUCAAUACCUGAUUUAGUGCCCAGAUGACUUCAUAAAAUGAAACUUUGGCUUCUCCAUCUCUUGGGCAUAUUUGAAAACUUUACCCCAGUUCUGCAGCCAAGGCGUUCACAUUUACCUGAAUGUACAGGUAUUCUCUUACACAAGCCUGAAGAAGCUCUCAGAAGUUGCUGGCUAGAUAAAGUGAAUGAGGAUUUAACUUCAAAGCACAAUUGGCUAGUGAUCACGAGUCCCAGCGCAGCUGCAGCUGUGGUCUGGGGAAGGACAUGUGUUGACUUCAGUGGAAGCAGAACUGGCUCCUAAUGGUGUGGCUAUUGCCAAAGAUGAGUCUCUAUUCAAACCAGUGUCAGCUACAGGGGGAGGCAGGAGAGCGGACUGGGAAUUCUCUUCAGAAGUGGCUGGAAAAUGGCAAUUCAUUGAAAUGUUUUUUUUUCCCAAGUCCCCGGGACUUUCAGUGAUUCAUCUGUUGGGAAAAGAGUUUGGGCUACCGGAUGAAAUUUCCCUUCACCAUGAGAGGGAGAGCCGCUCAGCACAAACCAGCAGUAGCCUGGCAGGCAGAGUGCUUUCCCGGGAGUCCCAGCGUCCGUGCCGGUGCUCCUGACCUACGCAGAAACACAGCUCUCGGCCUUCCUCAUGCCAGUUCAACAUCUUGAUGACCAGCAGCUUGGCUAGUCCAGGUGUCAAGCUCUGGUGUGUGCUCCUUUUUUUGGUUUUAAUUAAAAAAUGUUUCAAAAAGUA